AGCUGGACCUGGACCUGGACCCAGCUGUGUGUCCAUGAAGAGUGGCUGGUCUAUGGAUCACCCUAUUGUCUUUAAAUCUGGACUUCCUGCAGAGAGAAGGAUCCAGAGACCUGGACCUGGACCUGGACCUGGACCCAGCUGUGUGUCCAUGAAGAGUGACUUUUCUAUGGAGUCUCCUCCUUACUUUAAAGCUGGACAAAGUGCUGAUGAAAGUCUCAGGAUCCAGCAGCAGAGACCUGGACCUGGACCUGGACCUGGACCUGGACCCCGCUGUGAGUCCAUGAAGAGUGACUUUUCUAUGCAGUCUCCUAUGAACUUUAAAGCUGGACAAAGUGCUGAUGAAAGAGUUCUGCAGGAGUACUCAGAGGGUCCCAGUGAUCAGCCUGCCCCGAAGCAUCACACUGACCUGGACUCCAUAUUUAUGCUCCUGGAGGAGAACAUCGUCACUUUUGUGAAGAACGAGCUGAAGAAGAUCCAGAAGGCUCUGAGUUCAGAUUACCCAGAAUGCUUAGAGAUUCAGAGUGAGGAUGAGGAGGUGUUGGACACUGAGGAUGAAGAGCAGAGGAGGAGCAGCAGAGAGGCAUUUCAGAACAUCACUCUGCACUUCCUGAGGAGCAUGAAGCAGGAGGAGCUGGCUGAGCGUCUGCAGAGCGGAACUCCUGCUGCAGUGUGCAGUAAACUCAAAUCCACCCUGAAGGAGAGGUUCCAGUGUGUGUUUGAAGGCAUUGCUGAAGCAGGAAACCCAACCCUUUUGAACCAGAUCUACACAGAGCUCUACAUCACAGAGGGGGGGUCUGCAGAGGUCAAUGAUGAACAUGAGGUCAGACAGAUUGAAACAGCAUCCAGGAAACCACACAGACCAGAAACAACCAUCAGACGAGAAGACCUCUUUAAAGCCUCACCUGGAAGAGAUGCACCAAUCAGAGCAGUGAUGACAAAGGGCGUGGCUGGCAUUGGGAAAACAGUCUUAACACAGAAGUUCACUCUGGACUGGGCUGAAGGCAAAGCCAACCAGGACAUCCAGUUCAUAUUUCCAUUCACCUUCAGAGAGCUGAAUGUGGUGAGAGAGAACAAGUACAGCUUGGUGGAACUUGUUCAUCACUUCUUCACUGAAACCAGAGACGCAGGAAUCUGCAGGUUUGAUCAGUUCCCGGUUGUGUUCAUCUUGGACGGUCUGGAUGAGUGUCGACUUCCUCUAAACUUCCACAACACUGAGAUCCUGACUGACGUCACAGAGUCCACCUCAGUGGAUAUGCUGCUGACAAACCUCAUCAGGGGGAAGCUGCUUCCCUCUGCUCGCCUCUGGAUAACCACACGACCUGCAGCAGCCAAUCAGAUCCCUCCUGAGUGUGUGGACAUGGUGACAGAGGUCCGAGGGUUCACUGACCCACAGAAGGAGGAGUACUUCAGGAAGAGAUUCAGAGAUCAGAAUCAGGCCCGCACCAUCAUCUCCCACAUCAAGACCUCACGAAGCCUCCACAUCAUGUGCCACAUCCCAGUCUUCUGCCGGAUCUCUGCUUCAGUUCUGGAGGAGGUGUUGAAAACCAGAGAGGGGGGACAGCUGCCCAAGACCCUGACUGAGAUGUACAUCCACUUCUUGGUGGUUCAGUCCAAAGUGAAGAACAUCAAGUAUGAUGGAGGAGCUGAGACGGAUGCUCACUGGAGUCCAGAGAGCAGGAAGAUGAUGGAGUCUCUGGGAAAACUGGCUUUUGAGCAGCUGCAGAAAGGCAACCUGAUCUUCUAUGAGUCCGACCUGACAGAGUGUGGCACCGAUAUCAGAGCAGCCUCCAUGUACUCAGGAGUGUUCACACAGGUCUUUAGAGAGGAGAGUGGACUGUACCAGGACAAGGUGUUCUGCUUCGUCCAUCUGAGCGUUCAGGAGUUUCUGGCUGCUCUUCAUGUCCAUCUGACCUUCAUCAACUCUGGUGUCAACCUGCUGUCAGAAGAACCAACAACCUCCUGGCUGCCUAAAGUCAAACCGACACUAACAAAUCUCUACCAGAGUGCUGUGGACCAGGCCUUACAGAGUCCAAACGGACACCUGGACUUGUUCCUCCGCUUCCUCCUGGGUCUUUCACUGCAGACCAAUCAGAAACUCCUACGAGGCCUGAUGACACAGACAGGAAGUUGCUCAGAGACUGAAGAGGACACAGUCCAGUACAUCAAGAAGAAGAUAGAAGAGGAUCUGUCUGCAGAGAGAAGCAUCAACCUGUUCCACUGUCUGAAUGAACUGAAUGAUCGUUCUCUAGUGGAGGAGAUCCAACAGUCCCUGAGAUCAGGACGUCUCUCUGAAGAUAAACUGUCUCCUGCUCAGUGGUUAGCUCUGGUCUUCAUCUUACUGUCAUCAGGAGAAGAUCUGGAAGAGUUUGACCUGAAGAAAUACUCUGUUUCAGAGGAGGCUCUUCUGAGGCUGCUGCCAGUGGUCAAAGCCUCCAACAAAGCUCUACUGAGUGGCUGUAACCUGUCAGAGAGAAGCUGUGAAGCUCUGUCCUCAGUCCUCAGCUCCCAGUCCUCUAGUCUGAGAGAGCUGGACCUGAGUACCAACGACCUGCAGGAUUCAGGAGUGAAGCUGCUGUCUGCUGGACUGAAGAGUCCACACUGUGAACUGCAGACCCUCAGUCUGUCAGGCUGUCUGGUCACAGAGGAAGGCUGUGUUUCUCUGGCUUCAGCUCUGAGCUCCAACCCCUCCCAUCUGAGAGAGCUGGACCUGAGCUACAAUCAUCCAGGAGACUCAGGAGAGAAGCUGCUGUCUGCUGGACUGGAGGAUCCACUCUGGAGACUGGAGACACUCAGGAUGGACCAUGGUGGACUGCAGUGGUUGAAACCUGGUCUGAGGAAGUAUGCCUGUGAACUGGAGCUGGACACAAACACAGCACAGAGGAAACUCAAACUGUCUGAAGACAACAGGAAGGUGACACGGGUGGAGGAGGAGCAGCCAUAUCCUGAUCAUCCAGAGAGGUUUGAGAAAGAGCCUCAGCUGAUGUGCAGAGAAGCUCUGACUGGUCGCUGCUACUGGGAGGUCGAGUGGAGCGUAAGGGUUUAUAUAUCAGUGACUUACAGAGGAAUCAGCAGGAGAGGAGACAGAGAGGACUGUUCCUCUUCAGGUCUGAGAGUCUAUCCUCAGUGUAUCUAGUUCCUCUGCAGGUCUGAGAGUCUCUCCUCAGUGUAUCUGGUUCCUCUGCAGGUCUGAGAGUCUCUCCUCAGUGUCUCUGGUUCCUCUGCAGGUCUGAGAGUCUCUCCUCAGUGUCUCUGGUUCCUCUGCAGGUCUGAGAGUCUCUCCUCAGUGUCUCUGGUUCCUCUGCAGGUCUGAGAGUCUCUCCUCAGUGUCUCUGGUUCCUCUGCAGGUCUGAGAGUCUCUCCUCAGUGUCUCUGGUUCCUCUGCAGGUCUGAGAGUCUCUCCUGACGACAGAAACUGACUGCAGAUCAGCUGCUGAAAGCAGUUCAGUGUGUUCACCAUCACACACAUCUGUCUCUCACUCAGACACAAAACAUUCAUCUGAUUUCUUCUCUGUGAAAAUCAACAUCUUAACUCUUAAUGAUAAACAUCAAAAAGUGUAGAAACUUCUAUCACUGAGUUUUAUAUUUAUACCCCCACAAUCUGCUCCUCAGUUUCCUGGAAAGAAGUAACCAUAAAGAAACGUGAGAUAAGGAAGGGGAAGAGCUACAGAAAAUGUAACAGACCGCCAUCUUCUCAUCCGAAUCUGGAAAUGUUGGACUGUUCUUGUAAAUGUUCUUUAAUGGAAACAACAGAUUUCCCAGUCUGUCGUUUAGCCCAGUUCAGGUUUAACCCCGCUCACUUCCACACGACGACAGCAUCGACACCGCGGCCUUUAGGACAUUUGAAGAAGAUGAAAAUAUCUCUUUUUAAAUCUGAUCAGUGUUGCCGAGCUCAGGUGAUGUUAGUCAUCUUUUAAGAAUAAUGUAGGUAGGUAGGUAGGUAGAUAGAUGGAUGGAUAGAUGGAUAGAUAGAUAUAGGCAGUUAGAGUAUCUAAACAUUAUCAAAUAUACAGAAUACAUUAUAAUUCUCUGUAAUAUCCCAAUCUACUGAUCAUAUAAACUACUCCGUUAUUAUAUAUUAAAACUAGCAAACAUCUGUAGGCUAACAGCUCGUAUUGUAGAACAAGUAGUGUAUCUGAGUUUUUGUUCUUUCUUACUUUCCAGCCCUUUGUGUUCAGAAACACUUCAUUCAUCACAUUUGGCACCAAUAUGGUGUUUUCUCCCAGGCUAGAGUAGAGGUGAUGUUACUGCUCGUUGACAUACGGACGUUCUCUUUGUACGGACGUUCUCUUUGUACGGACGUUCUCUUUGCACGUCCGUGGCGCGUUCAUGCAGAGCUUUGUGGAAAAAGGGCUGUGGUUGAAUCUGAACUGGGAACAACAGACGCUUCUGAUCUGUCUUCCAGCAGACCGUCUCUGCCUGGAGCUUUUUGGUUGGACCUUGUGUCUUGUUUGAACUCUGAUUGCACUAAUCUGUUGAUGCCGAAAUAUUUUUGAACUCUAGUCGACUUGUUUUGGUCGAGGAAGUUAUUCUAGAGAUAUUUUGUGUCCUUUUUGUCUUUGUUUUUCUUCUGUUGUUGUUGUUGUUGUUGUUGUUGUGAGAUCAUUAAA